AUGGAGGAUGAACUGACGGGAUCAAUCAACGACCAACGAGACGCUAAGGGAAUCGCAGACAUAUGCGCUAAUUUUGUGACAAACGUUUCACUUCUGCCACACCCACGCACAUGUAUCGCUCAUAUCGCAUUCAAAAUCGCAAUCAUUCUAGCAUACUUGUUCAUGCCAUAUCUAUUCGGAUAUAUGACAGGAGCAUUUCCCGAUUUCAUUCUCACAUUCGAGCUAAUAACAUUACUGGCGCUGGCGGACUUCUGGGUGGUGAAGAACUGCGCAGCUAGCGCACUAGCUGGGAUCGAAUGGUACUGCGACACUACUACCGGAAAAAACAUUUUCGUACACAGAGCGGUCAAGGAUGAAAUGUUCCUAAACAAGGAUGAGUCAAAAUUCUUCUGGGCAGUCAUGUACUUAUGGCCCGUGCCGUGGGCGUUGAAUAUACUACUACGCAUUUCAUUAAUCGACUUUCCAACGGUAGACGACACCAUUGUGAAGUCACUAUUUGCAGCAGAUAACACUCUCAGCCGUAAUUCUGUCAUUGGCAUUGAUCAAUCUGUUCAAUUGCCUAAAGUGCUCGCAAGAGAAACGAAGCCAGACAUCACUUAUAGCAGGAAAACUCACCAAGAAGCUUCUCAGCUUGGCAACUUGGUCGUACAGAAGCGCAGCGACCAUACCCACCUGACGGAGGGCACAAAAAUUAAACAAUGUGAUGUAGACAAAACACAAUGA